AUGGACCCACAGAGCCUUUAUAUCUCCCAGGUAACGCUAGCCAGGAUCGAUGGGCUCCACCUCCAGCUUACGAACGACCCAGUCCUACUGCAUGAACACCUUGGACGCCUUCCCGGACUUGUCCUUCGGUACAUCGAUCUGUUGGAGCGGGCAGUCACCACGAAGACCGCAUUCGAACGUGGCUUUAUCGAUUGCGCCUACAACAAACUCAAGCAGGCAUUGACGGAAAUUCCCUGGGCCCUCGCAACCGGCCGGAAUAUGUGGACCGUCUUCCGUCGAUACCUCUUGGUGGUCCAUUUUACGGACCAGGUGUUGAGUUUCUUCGAAGACAGAAAGAAGAAGGAACGAUCGGUGACGCGGUUCACUGAGGAUGGAGUGAGCUACGUGGCGGCGGAGUAG